UGCAGCCAUGGAAAUUAUGCUCUCAUCAUCUAUCUUGGAUGAGCUAACCAAGAUGAAUAUUUCGGCCAUCGCCUACUCCACUCUCGCAUUGCUUGCCAUUUGGGUCGUGCAUUGGACUUACAGAUGGAGAAAUCCCAAAUGCAACAAUGGAGUCCUCCCUCCAGGCUCCAUGGGGCUGCCACUCAUAGGGGAGACUCUUCAGCUAACCAUCCCCAGCCCCUCUCUCGACCUCCACCCCUUCAUUAACACAAGGAUAAAACGAUAUGGAUCAAUAUUCAAAACGAGCAUCGCGGGCAGGCCUGUGGUGGUAUCAGCAGACCCAGAUUUCAACACUUUCCUUCUGAAACAUGAGAAGAAGUUGAUUGAGCCAUGGUCCAUGGACACAACUGCAAAAGUGUUUGGUCAGGAAUUGCAGAACUCCAAGAGGUAUACCAGGAAUAUAGCCCUCAACCAUUUCGGGGUCGAGGCCAUCAGGAAAUUAAAGCUCCUCCCUCAAAUGGAAACUUUCAUUAGGCUCGCCCUCCUUAAGUGGUCCACCCAAGACUCUAUUGAGCUCAAAACCACAGGAAUCAGUAUGACGGUUGAUUUCGCUUCAAACCAAAUAUUCAGUGGGGAUCUUGAAGAUUCAUCCUCCACAAUUGGUAACAUGUACAAGGACCUGCUUCAAGGACUAAUGUCCUUCCCAAUUAACCUCCCUGGGACUACUUACCAUAAAUGCAUGCAGGUUCAGAAGAAAGUUAACGAGGCGAUGAGGGAGGUGUUGAGGAAGAGGAUGAGUGGAAGAGGAGGAAGACAUCAAGAAGCAGAAGAUUUGCUGGAGCAUCUGAUCAAAGACAUGGAGAGCAUGGAAUUCUUGUCAGAGGAUUUCGCGGUUCAUUUGUUGUUUGGUCUGUUGUUUGUGGCGUCUGAUUCUGUGUCGACCGCACUGGCAUUCAUCUUCAAGUUGCUGGCAGAACAUCCUAAUGUCCUGGAGGAACUAACUGCUGAGCAUGAAACCAUUUUGAAGAACAGAGAGAAUCCAGAUGCCCCUCUCACUUGGGAAGAGUACAAGUCCAUGACAUUCACAUUGCAGGUUAUAAAUGAAAUCCUGAGGCUAGUGAAUACUGCUCCUGGACUUUUUCGUCGUGCCAUUACAGAUAUUCCUAUCAAUGGAUACACUAUUCCAUCAGGCUGGGUCAUCUUGAUUGCUGUGUCUGCUCUCCAUCUAAACCCUGAUACAUUUGAAGAUCCACUUGCAUUCAAUCCAUGGCGCUGGCAGAAAAUUGAUCAAAGUAGUGCUGCUAAGCAUUUCAUGCCAUUUGGGUAUGGAUUGAAGCAAUGUGCUGGUGCAGAAUAUGCUAGGGCGUUUUUGUCCUUCUUUAUACAUGUCUUGGUCACUAAUUACAAAUGGGAACGGGUGAAGAGAUGCAGAAUUGUGAGAGCUCCUAUCAUAAGAUUUCCAGAUGGAUUUCACUUCAAGAUCUCAAAGAAGACCUAAUUAUAUAUCAAGGAGUCUACCGCAUCAAAUCCUUAUACCAUGAACUAGG